AUGGGCACAUACUUCUUUCUUCUCUCGCCGGAAGACGCGCCGGCUCAGUAUGGCCUCGCGGACCCUGUGCUUACCGAGGAUGGCAAAGUCCUUUGCGCGAGCUGGUCGGCGACGUACGCCAGGUUGCAGCCGGGCAGUGCAAGUGGCAGCCAAUCAGUGGAAGCGUAUCACGCAUCAGGCUUGCGUGUGGCCUUAGUGGCUUCUUUGCCUGAGCAGAAAUCUUCUCGCAAGCCUGCAGAACUCUGUCGCUUGCCUCCAGUCCCUUUCUUCCAGGCACUUGCAGGCGCCCUGAAGGCAAUUGGCCUCCAGCUAAUGAAGGCGCCCGCCCAUUCCUUGGUUGAUGUUCCAAACAAAGAAGACCCGGUGCUGCGCAAUGACGUCAGGUUAGGCUCCAUAGGCAGGUCCACAGCAGCCGAACUGUGGAAAGCACGUGCCCAGUGCCAAGCUAUCAGUCAUGGCGAAAGCACUGCGUACGUCAUGCCCCGAUCUCUUUUGCGGUGGCAGAAGGAUGCCGCUGCGCCUCGCGGUGGUGCCUAUCAGCAUGUGCCUGCCGCCGACUUGGGCCUAGGUGUUCUUGAGGCAGACGCUUGCGUCCGGUUGGCCACCGAGACCAAUGGUGCAAAAUUGCUCAAUUUGUGGCAGAGACUCAAGAUUGCGGGUGGACGCUCUUCCAACACCUUUGCCCUUGACUUCGUGCAGUGGUGUAAGUAUCGCUACGAUCGGGUGGUCGUUCUCACUGGCACUUGGGCCACCAAGCUCUGGGCUGCCCCUCGGCACAUCUGCCCGUGCCUGCCUUUCGCGCUAUCCGCAGCGUGUGAACAUGCGCGUGUUUCGCAAUCGCUCGCGAUUCCGGGUGACAAUUCUCUAGAGACGUUCACCUCAUCUCGAGUCGGUCGCCCUCUCAAGCUUUCCUUCACUGCCGAACACCGCGGCCUGCCCGCCUCUUGUUUAUCAGCAGCGGCCGUCCGGCAAGAGCAACAGCGUGCCGACAAGGCAGCCCGGGACGCCCAACCGCCCAUCCCUCCGUCCAUAAGUGAAGGGCUCUCAACAUGCGCGCGAUCGGACCAUGCUGCCCUGCCUGUGCCGCGUCCACCUGCAUCAUCGGCCUGUGACGACCCUCCUGGGGGCAAUUCCAGCAGAGGUCCAACGGAAUACCGAACGGACUUCGACAAGGUCAAGGCUAUCAUAGGCGACAGCACGAUGCCACCGCAAACCAACAUUUACAAGAAUGAGCGGAACAAGGCAUGGGUCGCAGUGUCUGCUGGCCGCACAGUACGGGGCAGCCACGCCGCCUUGUCCGCGCAUGGUACGGAUGAGGCCGCCAUCCGCCAUGCGUGGCAGGCGGUGCGCAAGGCAUUCCCUGACCACUUCCAGGACCCCGG